GGCCGACGCUGCCGUUUGAACAGACUACAGAGUGGAGAAAGUCAGACAGCGCCGCAUCCAAGUUAGCCAAAUGGCCACUGAAGCAAUGUAGUCGACAAUUUAAUGUAUACAGUUAAACGUAUUUGACGUUCGGAUGCCAUAUAGGGCAAUUUUGAAUUUUACAUCUUUUUGUUUUUUAUUGGCGACGUGACUUAGUCAAUGUCCGUUCUGUGGCUGGCUACGGUUAGCAUUGCUACUAAGUAGCUUACGUCUCAUUUUUGCAAGUAGAAGAUAGUCUUUAUAAUGAUGGUCGAGGAGAGAAGUGUGAUCCGACGAGUGGUUGUGCAACAUCUGCGGUCAACAUAUGGAAUCAAGACAAAGAUCUGGAACAAAAACAAAGCUCUCAGUUGCAAGUCAACAGCCACAAACUCUACAAAGGUAUUUGGCGUACCUUUGGCAAGCUUGCCAUAUUACGACAUGGCAUGUGGGUGUGUGCCAAGCUUUCUGGUGGAUGCAUGCAUGAAGUUACAAGCGCAUGUCGACACAGAGGGCUUAUUCAGAAUAUCAGGCUCCCUUGUCCGCCUGAAAGCACUACGGGCUAAGGUGGAUUCAGGCGAGGAGUGCCUGUUGACUGCUUUUCCCUGUGAUGUAGCGGGCCUGGUGAAGCAGUUUUUUAGGGAACUGCCAGAGCCUUUGCUGCCCACUGAGCUGCAGGAGCCCUUACUCAAGGCACAGCAGCUCGGGACUGAAGAGGAGCGGAAUUCUGCCACCAUGCUUCUCUCCUCCCUGCUUCCUGACAGGAACCGAAGUGUGUUGAGGCACUUCUUCCACUUCCUUCAAAAUGUAUCCAAGAGGAGUGCAGAAAAUAAGAUGGACAGCUAUAACCUGUCAGUCAUCUUGGCUCCCAACCUCCUCCACUUUGGAGACAGUACAGAAAAGAUGAAAUCCAACACAGAGAAGCGCCUUAAACUGCAGACAGCUGCAGUUUGCUGUUUUAUAGACUACGCCCACGACUUUGGUGAUCUGCCACAGUUUAUAGAAGAGAAAGUGUCAGCCAUGAUUGCCUGUGAGUCGGGGGUUAUAUCCCCUGUGUACAAUGAGUUUCAGGAGCUGGACCAAAACUCAGGGAUGAGUAGGAGACACAGACGCAGUUUCGGAGUCUUUUCUUUUGCCACUCCUGUGACACCCACCUCCAAGCGAAGGCUUCCUUUAGAUUCUGGUCAUUCUAUUGGAUUCUCAAACAAGAAACGUAGAUCUGUCAUGAAGAACCUCGGCAAGGACUUACUUCCCAAUUCUUUGUUCAGCGGGGCCACCACUCCUGGAUCAGCUCACAGCGCCUCAGGGGUGUUGGAUUCCUCCCAAAGUACCCUUUCCUCUGCAAGCAAGCCUCGAAGGCAGGCGUCGACCUCUGUAAGGAGUAAAACCAGGCGACAUAGCAGCAGACCCGCUGUCAACAGAGUUGAAUCAGGACGAUCAAGCUGCUUUUCUCCCAAAGUCAGCAACAAGGAAGCCCCGCAGAAGUCGCUGCGCCUGCGUUUCAGCCUGGGGAAGAGCCACAAAGACGCUGGGUCUGAGUCCACAGGCUGGCGACUUGCCACCCAGGAGAACAACACCAGUUUUUGUUUCACCAAAGAGACCGUGUUCAGUCCUUCGGCUCAGCCCACAAAACUAGACUCCAAGAUAGGUUCCAAGUUCAUGAGCAAGUCUGAAGACAACUUGCUGACCCCCAAAGGUGACACAGGUGUCUGCUGCACUUCAUGGAGCGUGGAGGGCCCUGCAGGAACACAGCUUUUUAGCAUUGGCUCCUUCACAGAUACGCCCAUGAGCGUGCGUCUGAAGAGCAACUGCGGGUUGAAUCCCGCCAUAGUCUCGUCCAAACCUCUGACGGGUUCCAGCCUUCCCAGGAAGCUGUGUUGCGCUUCCAGUGCGGACAGCCUGGAACGCGAGUCGUCCGUCUUGGAAGCCUUGAGCCGAAGUGGAGCGGCACCAGUGAAGCUUGAGACCAUCCUACCAGAAUCUGCCGCUGAACUUUCUGCUCCACCAGAGGAGUCGGACCAAUCAUCCGACAGUAUCCUGCUCCCACUGCCAAAUACUCCUACAGUCGUCACAGCUCCUCACCAGCAGCUGAACCUUACCUUUGACAUAGCAACCUCAUCACCUCUUCACAUUGAUAGUGUCAUUUUAGAGUCUGUUGGAAGUUGUAGUCCAGCAGUGAGCGAUGCUCAGGGCUUUUUCUGUGCUGCUGUAAGCCUCGGCAGCUCGGUGAUGACAGGAAGUGACGACUCAGCGGAGCAGAUACACUGUAGCAGACUGAUUGAGGCUCUAGACAUUCAGAGUCCGGCCCACUUUAGACUUGGUGACUCUCCAGGACUGCAGUCCACCCCCCUUGCCGAUGAGCAGUGCGCAGAUGACAUGUGUACAACAGUCAGUGCAGGGCAUCACCAGGACUUGUGUUUCACUGAGGCCGGUGCAGAAAGUCCACACAAUCUGUCCCACCACAAGUCCCGGGUGGCAGACCACAUCCAACACUUCAACACUCUCCCCCUCCGGUCUCCCAAAGGCAUCAGAGUCCAACAAAUUAAUCCUCCGCUCACGUUCAAGCGCACCCCAGUGCGCCAAGCGGUCCACAGGAUCAACUCUCUUCUGGGAGCGAACAGGAGACCCACUCGUGAUCUGAAAGUGACCACCAGUCAAGGCAUGAAAGCAGAGAGUCAUGAGAGCAGCCUGUCCCCUCACCCACAGCCUUUACCGCCCAAGGAGAAGAUUCCACUCGUUGUGAACGGCACACGUCCCCUAAAAAAGCCACCCCCAGUGCCUCCUAAAAGGCGAAGCUCCUGGGCUGUUAAAGCCAAGGCUUUUGCUCUGGGCGACGUGACCAACAAGGUCCCACCCAAAACCAAAGUAAACUCUUCCAUCUCGGAUCCAGGAGUUCAGAAGAUGGUUUUGCAGCAGCGAGCAGAGAAAGAUGUGCAACAUUACAGAGGCUCACCUAGAAACCCUCUCAACCAACCUCGACUGCUGUCAGCCACCAAGCCUGUAAUGUUGUAGACUACAUUCUCUUACUAUGCAGCUGGGAAAACAACAAGUGGGAUUUAAUUUAUUCGUAGUUACAGUUGGUGCUGCUCUUCUUGUCUUGUAUCGUUUUAAUGAAAUGUGCCAAGCCUGAGUAGUUAAGAUUAGUUUGCAGGCCAAAGAUUUUUUGUUUGGAUGACUGGAAAUCUUUUAUAUUUAUGCGUUAUAUCAUUAUUGCUGUUUACGCUUUUAUUGUUACAUAACCUGAGCUGUUUUUUUUUUAUUCCAAAAGGCCAGAACAAUUGCACCUUUCUAUAUAGAAAACAAUACAAUUGAAAUAAAUAACCCUGCAGCA